UCCUCUGCACUGGCUCCCUUUCUAACCAUCAGACCAAACACAGCCUGGACCCCCAACCCUGCACCAGCCAUCAAACAGUUACAGACUAAGGCAUCCAGUACCAACUAAAUGACUCUCAACUAGUCAAAGCUUGGCUGUCAGACAUCCUUUGAGUUUGGGAAUGGCCUGGGCUGGAUUCAAAGCCCUUACGCCAAGCAACUAUUCAACUGUUCUUUUGGCCGAGAGGCGAAGUGCAAGAUCUCAGAUCAGCCACAAAAGAGACCUGGAGAGGCACAGUCAUACUGUGCAAAAUUUGAUACCUGGACAUCAAGUAUCUUGUGAGAGCAGCAGAGACGGAGCCUGAUCCUAGUGUUAUCCAGUCAUGUGAUGCGGAGGUGUGCUAUGGAAUGUGGUCAGCUGACCUCUCAGUCAGUACGUCAAGUCACCAUAAUACGACGCCCCGGAGCUGGCUUUGGAUUUGUGGCUGGUAGUGCACGGCCAGUUGUGGUUCGAUCAGUCAUUGCAGGAGGUCCCUCAGAAAAUAAACUACUCGCUGGUGAUCAGAUCUUGGCCAUUAAUCAAGAAGAUGUGAGUGAGGCUUCCCGGGAGAGAUUCAUAGAACUGGUCAGGAUGGCACAGUGAGAGGCAAGGGAAGCUGUAGGAGAUGGAGUGUGUCCCUCUCUCUGCAGAAUGUGACAAAAGAAGUUAUCUAUGGGACAGUCUGUCCUCAACACCAUGGGGUGACACAGUAGCAGGAAGAAGAAAAGUAUAGGACAUGUUGGCUGCCCAACACCUGGAGCAGGGUGACACUGUAACCCAGAGAGGAGGGAAAUAUGGAACAUGGAGUCUGUUUCACCGCUUAACAGGGUGACACAGACAGAAUGGAACUAUGGGACACAGAAUCAACCUCUCUCCCUGGAGGAGGACACAGUGGCACAUUCAGAAGGGAACUGUAGGACACUAAGGGGGAAUGCCAAAGAAUCCAUCACUCUGACAGUGCUUCACCCUCAUCAGUCUCCCAAAUCAGCAUUUAUCAGCGCAGCCAAGAAAGAGAAACUCCGUUCAAACCCGGGCAGGGUUCGAUUCUCUGAGCUGGUCACUGUAGGGGAGGCAGAAGCAGACAUGCUUAAGAUGAAGGACUCGCCUCCUCUUCUCCUUAUUCCAAAUGUUCUGAAGGUCUUUCUGGAGAAUGGACAGAUUAAAUCAUUCACUUUUGAUGGCCGCACUACAGUCAAGGAUGUUAUGGUCACUCUUCAGGACAGACUAUCUCUUCGCCAUCGUGAUCACUUCUCCCUUGUUCUGGAGUAUUCUGCAACAGAACAGUUCCGCAAAUUUCUGCUCUUACAGGACAAACUGCCUCUGGCUCAUGUUGUACACCGAACGCAUUACCAAGGUAUGAGAUGCCUGUUUCGAGUUUGUUUCUUCCCAAAAGAUCCUGUUGAAAUUUUGCACACUGACCCAGCUGCAUUUGAAUAUUUGUACAUACAGAGCCGGAAUGAUGUAAUCAGGGAUCGACUGGGGACCGAGUUGAAGCCUGAACUUCUCUUAGUUCUCACUGCCCUCCAUAUAUAUAUAAGUGUCAGCUCUUCUCGGCCAGGACAGAAGAUUUCCCUGCGGGCAGUCGAAAAAGAGUGGGGUUUGGAUCCCUUUCUCCCUCCCGCCCUGUUACAGGGUUACAAAGAGAAGUCCCUCCGGAAGGCACUGGCUCAGAACCUUAAAAUUCACCAAAACCAGCUCUCUGGCAGCAAGGCAUCUGUGUUACAAGCAAAACUUCGUUACCUACGGAUUCUUAAUGAGGUGCCAACCUUCGCCGGUGUCCUGUUCAACACUGUGGCCAUGGAUGAGAAGACUCAAGCAACUACUCUUCUAGUUGGCCCUCGCCAUGGAAUUAGUCACGUCAUUGAUCUGAGAACCAAUCUCACUACAGUUCUUUUUGAGUUCACUCAGGUCUCAAAGGUUCAACUUUUUCGUGAAUCACAAGGGGUUGCACGAGUGGAGAUUAGUGUUACUGACACCAAGGCCCUUGUAUUGCUUAUGGAAUGGCCCGAAGCUACUACGUUUUCCUGUCUGGUUGCUGGAUAUUAUCGACUCUUGGUAGACUCCAAGAAAGGGAUCUUCUACCGAGCAGCAGGUCACUUACCUCCUCAGAUUAUCAAGGCAGAUCGCCUCAGUUUGCCCACAGUGUCACGCAUGCCCUCCUCAAUCAAGGCCCCUCCAUCUUCCAGCACCUCCUCAGAACGCCCCCAUUCGAAGGGACCCACAUCAACUUCCUCUGUCCCACUGGAGGACUCGGAGCCUGUCAGUCUGUGCUACCUCAACUUGCGUGUCAAGGAGGGAAGAGAUGUCAACCAGAAUCUUGUCACAGAGGAGGGUCGGCCCAGAACAAAAUCUGACCCAACCCCUAAGGUGUCAUCCAGCCAGCCUGUCAUGGAGGAGCACAGGGAACCGUCCGAGGUCAGCAGGUCCCGUUCCUUCACAAUGGACACACAGGUGAAAGGGGAGAGCUCUCAAUUCUACUGUGAUUCAUGUAAGGCCAAGAUGAAGAGCCGGCUGGGGGGAGGCGGUGGGGGUGUGAAGUGUGCAAACACAUGUGGAUCCAGCAACUGCAGGGACAACACAGUUGACCUCAUGUCCUUACCGCCUCCUGAACUUGAAAAAGGGGAAGAAGAGCAGGAAGAGAAAGAAGGCAAGGGAAGUGCAACAGAGAUGGAGGUGGCAAGCACAACUGCCCUUCUCCCGGCUGCAGCCCCUCCUCCUCCGGGGUUUGGGGAUAAUAGUUCAGAUGAAGAUGAGCCCAAGCAAAAGAUAGGAAAAGUGCAGGAGAAAAUCAAGGGCCCGGAGAAGAGUAGAGAUGCUCUGCAACCUGGAUAUGAGGAUCUCCCAGUGACCUUAAUAGACAGUGUCCAGACGAGAACUGUCAGGGACCAUGCAAGAGAACUGGAUGAUGCACUGGUAUCUACUCUGCAAGCGCUGGAGGCUCUUGCUGCCUCUGAGGACUUCCCCACCCCAGCACCCCAGCCAACAACAGGACUAAUUGUUUUAGCUGCCAUCACCCCUGAGUCUUCCCUGGACUCUGGUCAUGAAACCAACUCUUCAGAGCUCACUGAUGUUUCAGAGAUGGUGACAGCAAUGAAGCAACAUCAUAAUACUACAUACAUCUUGGCCCAUCAUCUUAACAAAGAAAGUCUCCUUUCCAGAAAGGAUCUACCAUUUCGCAUUCAGACAUGCGCUGCCCAGGCUGUCCUUGCCUCUCCUUAUACCCUAGGUUGUCAGGAGACCAGCCCUCUUGUUAAGUCCACAAUUCUUCAGCAGAGUAUUGCAACAACUGUAUCCAAACAGGAGCCCACUGCUAGAUCACCCAGUCCAUUAACUAAUCUAAAUGAUGAUAUAUCCAAACUGGCAUCUCCUGUCAAACCUAAGGAAGACACUUGUGGCACUGUUUUAAUUGAAACACCAAAGUCAUCACAAUCCCCAGGAAAGAAAAGUCCCAGACCUAUCCGAGUGUCUACUGAAGGCUCUCCUUUUUUAUCUUCCUCUAACCCCAAGAUGUCCAGCAAUGGAAAUUUACAGUGCAAGGAGAAAGAUGUUGCAGAAAAUACAAAGCCUACCGAUAGUCCAUGUCACUGUCGUCUUCCUCAAGGAGAGCAACCAUUCAUUACAUUAGAGGAGGCUAGGAAUGGAGGACAUGAUGUCUUGCAUUUGUCUCCUACAGAUGAUGAGAGACUUCAUGCCAAAGCUUGCUCUGCUAGGAAUUUAGAUGAGCAAUGUGAAAGCCUUAAGACUGUUGAAAAACAAGAGAUUGUAAAAGUUCAGAUGGUGCCAGCUGCCUCACCCAACUUUAAGCAUCAGAAGGAUGUUACUGAGAAGAGUUUCAAAGCAGAACAGAAGUUACCUUUGCCUGAUAAGAGUGUCAAAGUAGAACAGAAGUUACCUUUGCCUGAUAAGAGUGUCAAAGUAGAACAGAAGUUACCCUUGCCUGAUAAGAGUGUCAAAGUAGAACAAAUGUCCACUGUGCCUGGUAGCAUCCUGCUUGCAGCAGAAAGUGCUAAGAUGAAUGUAAAACCAGACACACAAACAAACACAGCACCAAAAAACUCUGAAAGGGUUCUUACUCCAAUUGCAUUAGAUGAGUGUGAUGCACCAGCCAAGCCAAGAGCCCGGGCACCAUUUAGGCUAAGAAAACUUUUCUCUGCCACAUUCCCUACUCGCAUGAGAAGAGAAACCGAUGAGCGUCAGGCCCAACUACGCAAAGUCAAACAGUAUGAGAUGGAGUUCCUGGAAGAACUGCUAAAGCCCCAUGGCAAAAUAGGCAACCAGCGCAAAGAAAUCCAACAUGCCUUGGUGCCUGGUCGAUGCUCCUGCCAACUACGCAGCAGUCCUUUACAGAAAGUGCCAGGUAUGUCACGUGAGCAGCGACGUAGCUGUGACUGUAAACGCAUCAUAAGAGGUAUUAGGAUACCACCUAACACUUCUUUGGAUCAGGAGACCAGAAACAGGCCAAAAGUACAUGAUUCAGAUCCCCCAAGACUUCGCCUUGUUCGUUCCUCCAGUCUUGAGUCCUGCAGUACUGAAAAAAUGGCAUCAUGUCUGAACACAUGUACAACGCGUACAGAUGACAGUAUUAGAUAUAAAAAGCUACCACCAAAAUUGGGAACUGGUGAAGUGGAAAAGAAUGAAAUAUACACUAGCACUGUCAGCAAGGUGCAUAAAAAAGAAAAUGAAUCUAAUAUAAAGACCAAAACACAAGAUGUACCAGAUGUUAGGGAGGAGAGGAAGAUUUCAGCCGUCCCCCCACGACAAGAAGAACUGUUUUCUGUCCAGACUAAAUUACCUGAAGAAGAGGGGGCAGUACUGGGAGAUAAGUGUUGUUCUAUUCGACACUGUUUCAAUUGUCGAAGGUGUUCAUCCACAGAGGAUGGCAGUGAGAGGGAUGAAUUAUCCUAUUCGAUCCCCAUGCAGAUCCUACCAGGGAUGAGAAUGAAUGCAGAGACAACCCCUGUGGUAAGUCAGACCCUUCAGGUACUGGAUGCUACUGUUUGCAGUGGUCCUGCAGAAAGUCAGACUCAGGAGAUUGAUCUUCGAACAGCAACCUUUGAAGGUAGCCUGGCAAAAGUCAGUGCCUUACGUGGCCGUUCCUAUUCCCUCCCUGAUGGUUUCACAUCCGUCCAACUUGACACUAGUGAGCUGCUGACUGUUUUACGCCAGUGCCUGGUCAGCAGUGAAGCCGGAGACCCCAAACCCGACACAGUGAAUUUAAGCCAGCGGAAACUGGAGUUGACUGUGCGCUUUAAAGAAUUUCGGGCAUCGUGCAGGAGAGUGGCUGGUGUUGACAAGAGCCCAGAUCAUAUGCUAACUGCAAUAACCAGCAGUUUUCAAGUUCUAUGUGGCCUGAUUGAAACAUUUGUGAAACUGGUGUUUGUUGUCAGGUCAGAAGAACAGCGACAGGAAUUACUUGGAAAGGUGGAGGAAGUUGUCAGAAACUAUACUUUCCUCAUUAGGGCAGCAGAAGAGUCCAGUGCAAGGACUGUUGGACAAAGCCGGACUGUGGUUGGUCAGCUAGCCAAGCAGUCAGCUACUGUAGCCACAGCAGUCAGCACUUUCUCCCGUUCCAUAAAGACUUUAAUGAGCAAAUAGAGAAACUGAGUGAUGUGUGUUAACCCUAAGAGAUGCACUUUUACAGCUGUGAGAAGCAAGUCUGAUUUGAAUGGUGCUGCACAGAUUGAACUCUGCAUUCAUCAGAGAGAACAUAAAUAAUAAGAUAUUUUAAAGAAUUUAUUAAAAAUGAAAGUGCAUAUCUAUAAGUGUAUUAAAAAUAUGGCAGCACUGUGCACACAAACUAUUGCAGGGCUCUUUUGCUUUAAAAGAACACAAUGUAUAUAUAUAUGUAGGUGGGAAGGAACUGAGAAGACAAGAAACUUCAGCAUUAGGGUAAUCCUUGUACAUAGCUACCAAUUCCACUGUGAUAAUAGAUGCUCUUUACCUACCCCUGCCUCACGGAUGAGGGGUUAUGUACCACAGACAUUUCCACAAAUGCAAGGUGAGAGCAUGGCGAAGUAAACAGGAUUUCCCUGGCUGGCAGAGGAUAAUGUGAAGUGCUAUGUUUCUGCAGAGCCCCUAGCUCUAUGGCAGGCAAAGGAAAACAGCAAAGUUGCAAUAGAAUAUCUUAAAGUCAGAACUAUAUUUUACCUCGCAGACCUGCGAUUUGUUUGUGCCUAAUUUGCCCAUUAUGUGCCAAGUCAAUGACAUUAACACAAUGCUCACAAUAAACAUAUGGAAGGAUAGAUAGAUGAUGAUAGAUAGAUAGAUAAAUGAUAGCAUAGAAGAUUAUUAUGAAUAAUUGAUUGGGUAAAACCUCAAGAUUAAUGAGGUGAUACACACAUUUGUUCCUGCAGCCCACCCAAAAGAAAAUGUAAUUACCCCAAAAGAAAAUAGAAUUCAAAGCCACUUUCCAAUAUAUAUUGAUUGAAACAUGUCAGUGAACUGUUAUUUAUAAAUGAUGUUCAGUAGACUGUCCUAUGCUGUUGCCUUCUCAGAUGGCCAAAUUACAGAGACAAUGUAUCAGAAAUGAACUCGUCUCCUGUUCCCAAAAGGCCUUGUACACAUGUGGUAUUCUCCUACUGGAAAAUGUAUUGGAAGGUGGAUAUUGUCAAAUUUGCCAAUCAAUUUAGAAGGCCAAACAACAUUUACAGUGAAACCCCAAUUUUACAUACAAUUUUUCCUUCAUUUUACACCAUUUUGUGUGGUCUCACCAAUAUACAGGUAUACUGCACAGUGCAUUUCCCUGAUUUUAUAUUUUCCAGGAUUUUACACUAUUUUUUCUGGUCUUCUGAAAAAUGUAAAAUGAGGGUUCUACUGUAUCUUCUACAGAAGGCACAGGGCAAAUCUAUGAUCUCUAAAGAUAGAUCAUCUGGGUUCCAAUGGGACUGUGGGAAGGUUUGCUGACUUGGCCUCCAGAAGGCCCCGCACAUACAGUAGGGCAGUAAAAUGCAUAAAAUAUUUUCUUUAUUACAUGAAAUCAUGUAUAGUCGGUGUCACAAAUAAACAAUGCUGUAGAAUUGUCAGCUAAAGUGACCAAGUUAUAUCAGUCUCUGGUAUGGCGGCAUUGAAACUGCUAUUUGGGAUUGAGCAUCUGUGUAGCAUUUAUUAGACAACCCAGCACCACUUGUUUUCUCUCUCUCAUUCCUGUGCCUCAGUAUAUUAACCAGCAGAAAAAAAUACAUUUUUUUAAAUUUCUUUCUUAAAUGUGCUCAACAAGCCUAUGUUCAUAUUAAUGCUCAAUAUGGACCUUUAUAAUCAAAGUAGACAUGUAUUAAGGAAACCUAUAAGUAAAGUUCUCACAUAUACAGUAUUUUACCUUAAACAGACAUAUUCAAGUAUAAAAGAUUAAGAAAGCAAUAAGAGCUGUUAAUCUGUCUUCAUAUGUCUCUAGUCAGGAUUUGGCAAUGUCUGCUGAAUGAUUGAACAAGACUGAGAAAGGGAACACAUCUCCUACUUGUAUCCCUUCAUCCCUCAAUCUAAGCCUCCUGACAUAUUUCUCCUGACAUUGUUAAAAACUCAUUGGCAGACAUGGAUGGGUAUUUUGCUCAGAAAAGCCUUGUGUAAAGGAAAACUAUUUGCAGGUUUCUUUUUAAUCAUGUCAUACAUUGCUAAGUAAAAUCUGUGUGGCACAAAACAAAUGGGUGUCCAUAAUCAAAAAAGCUAAAGAACAAAUAAACAUUCACUCCUAUUCACCAACAGAUAAUCCUAUAGACUGUUCACAUUGUCAAAAUAAAAGUGGGUUUUUUCUUGACCAGGCUUCUAAUUGUAAAAUGGGUGCUGAAUAAUGGGUCACUCUUCAGUCUAUACAUAUGGGGCAGACUUAAUAAUGUUUGUGAUUUUCCUUUUUCUCUGUAAUAAUAAAACAGUACCUUGUAAUUGA